CGGGUGACACCCGGGUGUUUUGCUCGGCAACAUCCGCACAGAGAUGGCAGUAGAGCCGUAGCUGACUGUGGGGCCUGUGCGGUGACCAGCAGCCCUAACGUUACCGAACCACAGACUGGAGGGAAGGAGCGCAGCGCUAAACAAGUGCCGCCAUGGGACACGGAGUAGGCUGAACAGGAGGGCCUAGCAAAACACAUCUGUUGCUUUCCCACUGUGGUGAAUGACAUGGCCACGGCCUCAUCGAGAGCAGAGACUAGCCAUAACCACAGACGCACAUCACAGCUCCAUGCCAUUGUUUCAUGUGCCAAACUCAAGAGGAAGAAGAGCGUUUUCGGGGCGGCCAUUUACGUGGAGGUGACAGCAGAGGGAGAGACCCGCCGCACGGCGAAAUCUCACAGCUCCUCCAACCCAAAAUGGGACGAGAGGCUGACUCUGACUGUAACGCCACACACGCAGGUGGAUUUCAAAGUAUGGAGUCACCACACCCUGAAAGCAGACGCUCUGCUGGGCAAAGCUACGCUGGAUCUCAUUCAGGCUUUGGAGCGGCAUGACAGAAAAUUGGAGAAUGUGAAGGAGGUGCUGAAGCUGAGUGUGGAUCAGAAAGGGGUUUCUGUGCCUGUCGGCGAGCUGACUGUGUACCUUGAUGGCCUGACUGUCACUGACCAGGAGGAACUGGCGCCACUGACCAAUGGCAACGCAGCAAAUGGCACCAAAGUCCAGCAGAAUGGUGAUGCCAUUCAUGAAAACGGAGACUCCUCUUCCUCUUCUUCAAGGGCUGCAAACAGCACCGUGAAUGGAACAGACUUGGGUCAGAGGUCAGGCUCUUGCUCAGCCUCCAGCGGAGCAGAUGGUCCGGUGCCUUCCAGCCCUGCCCUCGAUCACACCACCGCUGUGAUCAACGGAGAUCCGACCCCCAACUCCACCCCGGUGCACCAACCUCCAGACAGCGGCCCAGACACCAGAAUGGUAAACGGGGAAUCCUCUGAGACUGUUCCCAGGCAAUCUUCUGCUUCUAGAAAGGAAACGCAGCCCUCUGCAGGUGAAAACGAGGAGAGCUCUCACGAUGCUGCCCCGCCAGACGCUGAAACAUCACCAGCCAGCACUUCCCGGCCCCCUCCAGCUCCCACAACUUCCUCCGCCUCGUCUCCUGCUGCUAAACCUGCCAACGGCGCCGCUUCCUCUUCCUCCGUCGCCGCCGCUGCUUCCACCACGUCAGCCUCUGCAACCCAGGGAGCACCCACCAUAACAACGUCCUCAUCGUCCUCCUCCUCCCCAGCGCCGGGAGAAGCGGGGGCUUCAGGAGCAGGCAGUAAUAGCAGCUCAACAACAACUGAUGGGGUGAAACCCAGACAACAGGUUUCUAAUGCGCCAGCAGGAGACCCUCUACCACCAGGGUGGGAGCAGAGAAAAGAUCCACAUGGGAGAACUUACUAUGUAGACCAUAACACCAGAACUACUACCUGGGAAAGACCACAGCCGCUUCCUCCAGGCUGGGAGCGCCGAGUGGACGAUCGGGGUCGGAUCUAUUACGUGGACCACAACACCCGGACCACCACGUGGCAGCGGCCCACCAUGGAAUCGGUGCGCAACUUUGAGCAGUGGCAGAGCCAGCGCAGCCAGCUGCAGGGAGCUAUGCAUCAGUUCAACCAGAGAUACCUCUACUCUGCAUCUAUGAUGUCUGCUGAGAAUGAUCCUCUUGGCCCUCUACCUCCUGGUUGGGAGAGGCGUGUGGACUCCAAUGACAGAGUUUACUUUGUGAACCACAAUACCAAGACAACGCAGUGGGAAGACCCUCGAACCCAAGGGCUACAGAACGAGGAUCCUCUGCCUGAAGGGUGGGAAAUCCGGUACACGAGGGAAGGAGUUCGCUACUUUGUGGAUCACAACACUCGGACCACCACUUUCAGCGACCCGCGCACCGGGAAGUCUUCUGUCACCAAAGGCCCACAGAUUGCAUACGAGCGCAGCUUCAGGUGGAAGCUCGCUCACUUCCGUUACCUGUGUCAGUCUAAUGCUCUGCCAAGCCACGUGAAGAUCACCGUCUCCAGACAGACGCUGUUCGAAGACUCUUUUCAGCAAAUCAUGGCUCUGAAGCCUUACGACCUACGGAGGAGGCUGUACGUCAUCUUCAGAGGCGAGGAGGGUCUGGACUACGGUGGCUUAGCCCGGGAGUGGUUCUUCCUCUUGUCCCACGAGGUGCUGAACCCCAUGUACUGCCUGUUUGAGUACGCAGGAAAGAGCAACUACUGUCUGCAGAUCAACCCGGCGUCGGCCAUCAACCCAGAUCACCUCUCCUACUUCUGCUUCAUUGGCCGCUUCAUCGCGAUGGCACUUUUCCACGGGAAGUUCAUCGACACGGGCUUCUCUUUGCCGUUCUACAAACGAAUGCUGAACAAGAAGCUCAUCCUGAAAGACCUGGAGUCCAUCGACCCGGAGUUCUACAACUCUCUCAUCUGGAUCAGGGACAACAACAUUGAGGAAUGUGGGCUGGAGAUGUACUUCUCCGUGGACAUGGAGAUCUUGGGGAAAAUCUCGUCUCAUGACCUGAAGCCCGAUGGCACCAACAUCCUGGUGACGGAGGAGAACAAGGAGGAGUACAUCAGUCUGAUGGCAGAGUGGAGGUUCUCCCGUGGGGUGGAAGGUCAAACCAAAGCUUUUCUGGACGGCUUCAACGAAGUGGUCCCGCUUCAGUGGUUGCAGUAUUUCGACGAGAAGGAGCUGGAGGUGAUGCUGUGUGGCAUGCAGGAGGUGGACCUGCAGGACUGGCAGAGAAACACUGUGUACCGCCACUACACCAGGAACAGCAAGCAGAUCAUCUGGUUCUGGCAGCUGGUGAAAGAAGUGGACAACGAAGUGCGUCUGCGACUCAUGCAGUUUGUGACGGGAACCUGCCGGCUUCCUCUGGGCGGCUUCGCUGAGCUGAUGGGAAGCAACGGGCCGCAGAAGUUCUGCAUCGAGAAAGUGGGGAAGGACACAUGGCUUCCCCGUAGCCACACAUGUUUUAACCGCCUGGACUUGCCUCCCUAUAAAAGCUACGAACAGCUGAAGGAGAAGCUGCUCUUCGCCAUCGAGGAAACCGAAGGAUUUGGCCAAGAAUAGAGGGACAAAGUCCUCUGGUGUUGUCCCCUCUGCUAGCCCCCCCUCUCUGCUGUUCAAUCAGCCAAGAAAAACAAACCAACAACAAAAAAAUUGCACAAGAUAACCACCAAUGUAUAUAAGCUAUUUUGUCAUUUAAAACCAAAUCCUAAUUUGCA